AUGGUUAAUGAAGAUAUGAAAAUGGACAAGAAUAAUUAUAAAUAUAAUACUGAAAUCUUGUCUGAUCAUAAAGAUGAUCUUCAAUGUGAAGAAUUUGAAGAAACACCUCUUUAUGCUGCUGUUCUUACCUAUAUUAGUUAUGCUGUUCUUUGUUUAUUUGGUUGGCUACGAGAUUUUAUGCGACAAUCAAAUAUUGAAAAGAAACGUGGUGCUGUUGAUCCUAAUGCUUCAUUGGGUUUUGUUCCACUUUAUCAAAGUUAUGAGUCAUUUUAUACAAGAAAUAUGUACACUCGUGUUCGAGAUAUUUUUAACCGUCCAAUUACAAGUGUACCUGGUCCACAAUUUCAAUUAGCAGAACGUCUCUCAGAUGAUUGUAAUUGGACAUACAGAUUUACAGGCAAAACAAUUAGUGCAAUUAAUUUGGGUUCAUAUAAUUAUUUGGGUUUUGCUGAAAGAACUGGUUCAUGUGCGACAGAUGCGAUAAAUGCAAUUAAAUCACAUUCUAUUGCAACUUGUAGUACCAAUUCUGAAAUAGGUACUCAACAUUAUCAUGUUGAACUUGAACAACUUCUUGCUAAAUUUCUUGGCGUUGAAAGUUGUAUUGUCUUUGGCAUGGGCUUUGCAACCAAUGCAUUAAAUCUUCCAGUAUUAGCAUCGAAAGGAGAUUUAAUUUUAAGUGAUGAAUUGAAUCAUGUUUCGCUGAUAUUAGGUAUACGUUUAUCAGGUGCUUGUUAUCAAACAUUUGCACAUAAUGAUAUGAAUGAUUUGGAAAAAAAAUUACGUACUGCUAUUGUGCAAGGUCAUCCACGUACAAAUAGACCAUGGAAAAAAAUAGUGAUUGCAGUCGAAGGUGUAUAUAGUAUGGAAGGAUCUAUUUGUCGAUUACCACAAUUAAUUGAACUUAAAAAGAAAUAUAAAGCAUAUUUAUAUAUGGAUGAAGCACAUUCUAUUGGUGCAAUGGGCAAAAUUGGUCGCGGUAUCGUGGAUUAUUUUAAUGUUGAUGCAAAUGAUGUUGAUAUUUUAAUGGGAACAUUUACAAAAAGUUUUGGAUCAGCAGGUGGCUACAUUGCCGGAACGAAGUCUCUCGUCGAUCAUAUUCGUGUUCAUUCUCAUGCGAAUACAUAUGCAUCAAGCAUGUCAGCACCUAUUGUUCAACAAAUAAUAUCUUCUCUUGAUCUUCUUAAUGGUCCAGAAGGCAAAAAACGUAUUUGUCAAUUAGCUGAUAAUACGCGUUAUUUUCGACAAAAAUUAGUCAAUAUGGGUUUUAUUGUUUAUGGUAAUAACAAUUCGCCUGUUGUUCCAAUGUUACUUUAUUUGCCUGCACAAGUUACUUGUUUUAAUCGAGAAAUGUUACGUCGUGGUAUUGCUGUUGUUACUGUUGGAUUUCCUGCAACAAAAUUAUUAGAAGCUCGUGUACGUUUUUGUAUAUCAGCUGCACAUACACGUCAAAUGCUUGAUACUGCUUUAUCAGCUAUUGAUGAAGUCGGCACUGACAUAUCAUUACGUUAUUCAACGCGACAUCAACAUCGACGUUUAAGAGAUACUUGA